CUCGUGUUGGUAGAUCGGACGACAAAGCUCCGGAGCUUUGGCCUCCUCUGUUCCGGUCUCUCGCGACGCCCACCAUCCUCCCCACCGAACUCAACCCAGCUCCAGAUCCGGCGGCCGGCCGCGCCCUCCUCCCGCACCAACCAACGGCGCUGAUCCCCUCCGCCAUCUCCGUCCAUCUCCCCCACCCCAAAUAAGGCGCGGCGAUGUCGGAGGCAGUGGGCACGCCGGAGAGCGGCGGCGGGGGCGGGGUCAAGGAGCAGGAGCGGUUCCUGCCGAUCGCCAACAUCGGGCGCAUCAUGCGGCGCGGCGUGCCGGAGAACGGCAAGAUCGCCAAGGACGCCAAGGAGUCCAUCCAGGAGUGCGUCUCCGAGUUCAUCAGCUUCAUCACCAGCGAGGCCAGCGACAAGUGCAUGAAGGAGAAGCGCAAGACCAUCAACGGCGACGACCUGAUCUGGUCCAUGGGCACCCUCGGCUUCGAGGACUAUGUCGAGCCCCUCAAGCUCUAUCUCAAGCUCUACCGGGAGAUGGAGGGUGACACGUCAAAGGGUUCAAAAUCUGAGCAAGCAGGAAAGAAAGAGGUUGCACUGAACGGGCAGCCUGGAUCAUCGUUCAACGGCAUGUAGAAUGGAGGAUGAUACUGAUCGUAGUGUGACAAACAUACGAUUCGUUGGCAGUGUGAUCCUAGCGAUACUGUGCCUUUGUGGCCGGGGAUACUCCCCAACACCACUCUGCUAGUUCUGUGCAAGCAGGAAAUGCUGUGAUAUCUCUUCUAUAGAUGAUAGUUGGUCUUCCCCUCUCCCUGUCUCAAGUUCAGUCUGUGUGUUGUAUGGAUCUGUCUAACCUUAUGGUAAAUUUAGAGUUUUCCACGUCAAUUUUAGGGGCUAGUGGCUGUAAUAAGAUGAUGAUAUCUGCUGCUUACGGCGUCGAACAGGUUCGAAAAACCGCAGUGUUUCGCUCGUGUAAGGUAUUGACUGAAGAAGAUAAAGCGGCUGCUGACGUAUGGUUUUGACCGUGAUAAA